AGUGCUGAACAGUGCCACCUGCCAGUGCCCAUCAGUGCCAUAUCAAUGCCACAUAUCAGUGCCUACCAGUGCACAUCAAUGCCACAUAUCAGUGCCCAUCUGAGCUGCCUUUCAGUGCCAGUCAGUGCCACCAAUCAAUGCCAAUCAGUGCCAUCUAUCAGUGCCAGUCAUCAGUGCCACCUAACAGUGCCGCCUAUCAGUGACCAUCAGUGAUGCCUGUCAAUGCCCAUCAGUGCCACCUACCAGUGCCUCCUCAGUG